AUUCGACUCCUACGUGUGCCACCUCUCACCGGUUCCGGGUAGCAGAAACGGAGCUUGUUCCUGGAGCUGCCUGUGUUUUGAAAGGAUAUCGAAAACGCAUGAUCUUUUGUGUCAAAAACGGAAUUAUUGAUAAAAUAUCAAAACAUGGCGGUGAACACAGGCACAUCCCUGGUUCUGUCCAGUCUGUUCUCUGUGUUGGUGUUUGCUGGGAUGCAGAUGUUCAGCAGACAGCUGGGCUCUACAGAGUUGCUCACCAUCCUGGGAGGCUUCCUGGGCUCUGUCCUCUUCAUCUGCUCCCUCACUGCCUUCAAUAACCUGGAAAACCUCAUCUUCGGCAAGGGAUUCCAGGUCAAGAUCUUCCCAGAGAUCCUGGUGUGCCUGUGCCUCUCUCUGUUUGCCUCUGGGCUGGUGCACCGUGUGUGUGUCACCACAUGUCUGAUAUUCUCUCUGUUCGCCCUCUACUACAUCAACAAAGUGUCUGCUGCUCUGUACCAGGCAGGCGUUCCCACGGUAAUGCCAGCCAAGGCUGCCAGCAAGGGCAAGAAAAAGAACUAAGUCACUAAUUAGAUCAAACUUUCAUACCGUCAUCCAAUCAGCAUCCACUACAACGGCUAACCAGUCAAGGGAGAAAUGGUGUAGGUUAGCCAAUGACAGCGUACCCCAGUUUCCUUUUUGUAGGUCGUGCCAACCAGCAAUUUUACAUAUUUUCCUUGACUUCUUAACUCUAUGAUCACUGAUCUCCAAGGACUGGACAUCUCUCAGCAGUAUAGAUAGCCUGAGACCUGCCCAUCCAUACACUGUUCUCAGCACUAUAGAUAGCCUGAGACCUACCCAGCCCAUCCAUACACUGUUCUCAGCAGUCAUGAGACCUGGGGUGGAGGAAAGGAAGUAGUUUGGGAUCUAGCCAGAAUCAUGUCUCUACAUUCCCUACAUCAUCCCCAUGUACUGAGCACUUGUUUCAAACUGCUUGUCUACAGAUCCAUAUUUUUGAUUGUCCUUUUUGUUUUGGUAUGAAAAUGUUGUUUGUUAAUGAAUUUGUAAUUAAAACCCAUUGAAAAUAG